GCGGCUUCCUGUGCCGGUCUGGUUAAAUGGUGGGUCGGUUAGGGGACGUUGUAUGACUUUGUGCCUCCAAUUACCAGUACAAUCGGUUAGCUUGUGUACUUGCAUUUGACAGGUACUCGUUUCGGGGAACCAUGGAGGCUCUGAUCCCUGUUAUAAACAAACUUCAAGACGUUUUUAAUACGGUCGGGGCCGAUAUUAUCCAGUUACCGCAAAUCGCAGUAGUUGGGACACAGAGCAGCGGGAAAAGCUCGGUUCUGGAGAGCCUGGUGGGCCGGGACCUGCUCCCACGAGGCACCGGCAUCGUCACUCGCCGGCCUCUCAUCCUGCAGCUCGUCCACGUGGACCCCGAAGACCGCAGGAAGACGGACGAGAAUGAUGCCAGCUCGGGGAAAAAUGGCCGCCUCUAUCGAGGCACAGAGGUUGAAGAGUGGGGCAAGUUUUUACACACCAAAAACAGGAUCUUCACAGACUUUGAUGAAAUCAGACAAGAAAUUGAAGGUGAAACUGACAGAGUAUCGGGUGUUAACAAGGGCAUUAGUGAUGAACCCAUUCAUCUGAAGAUCUUCUCUCCUCAUGUGGUUAACCUGACACUUGUGGAUCUUCCAGGGAUUACUAAGGUUCCUGUUGGAGACCAACCCAAGGACAUAGAGGUCCAGAUCCGAGACUUGAUCCUGAAACACAUUAGCAACCCCAACUGCAUCAUCCUCGCUGUCACCGCUGCUAACACAGACAUGGCCACCUCUGAAGCCCUCAAGCUGGCCCGGGAAGUGGAUCCUGAUGGUCGGAGAACACUGGCAGUUGUCACCAAGCUAGACCUGAUGGAUGCUGGUACGGAUGCCAUGGAUGUGCUCAUGGGGAGGGUAAUUCCCGUCAAACUGGGCCUCAUCGGAGUGGUCAACAGGAGUCAGCUGGACAUUAAUACAAAGAAAACUGUGGCAGAUGCCAUCCGGGAUGAAUAUGCAUUCCUGCAGAAGAAGUAUCCUUCUCUCGCCAGCAGAAAUGGAACCAAGUAUCUGGCCAGAACGUUAAACAGGUAUUAUUAUUAUUUUUCUAGAGGUCGCCUUCCUAUCACAAUUAUCUCUGGCCCACUGAGGUGUAGUAGGUCUCUCUGGUGUAGAAAUAAAGAUUCCGUUUUCUUUUUUUUAAUCUUAGCCAUGUUUUUUCCUGGCUUGCUCCAUAUCAUGUCCUCGGUGACCCAACGGCAUUCGCUUUCUUUCAGGUGUGGUGGAGCUCGCAUCUGUUACAUCUUUCAUGAGACGUUUGGCCGAACGCUGGAAUCUGUGGACCCCCUGGGCGGACUGACCACCAUCGACGUGCUGACAGCCAUCAGGAAUGCUACAGGACCGCGGCCCGCCCUCUUCGUUCCAGAGGUGUCCUUCGAGCUGCUGGUGAAGAGGCAGGUGAAGCGUCUAGAGGAGCCCAGCCUGCGGUGCGUGGAGCUGGUGCAUGAGGAGAUGCAGAGGAUCAUCCAGCACUGCAGCAACUACAGCACACAGGAGCUGCUGAGGUUCCCCAAACUUCACGAGGCCAUCGUAGAAGUGGUCACCUCCCUGCUGAGAAAACGACUCCCCAUCACAAACGACAUGGUACACAACCUGGUGGCCAUUGAGCUUGCAUAUAUCAACACCAAGCACCCUGACUUCGCUGAUGCCUGCGUGCUCAUGAACAGUAACAUCGAGGAGCAGAGGCGUAACCGGAUGAGGGACCUUCCCGCCGCUGUCCCGCGUGAUAAGGCUUCCUCUAUACCCUGUGUAAGCCCCUCCCUCUUCCUGAUCGCCCAGGCUUCCUCUAUACCCUGUGUCGCUCCCUGCCAGUCCCCAGAAGGGCCUUGCAGUGAACCUGCUGGAUGUGUUAGGUCGCUCCCUGCCAGUCCCCAGAAGGGCCAUGCAGUGAACCUGCUGGAUGUGCCCGUCCCUGUUACCAGGAAACUGUCUGCCCGUGAGCAACGCGAUUGUGAGGUGAUCGAGAGGCUCAUCAAAUCCUACUUCCUUAUUGUGCGGAAGAACAUUCAGGACAGCGUGCCCAAGGCGGUGAUGCACUUCCUGGUGAAUUACGUGAAGGACAACUUGCAGAGUGAGCUGGUGGGGCAACUCUACAAGUCCGGGUUGCUGGAUGACCUGCUGACGGAGUCGGAAGACAUGGCCCAGCGCCGCAGCGAGGCGGCAGACAUGCUGAAGGCUCUACAGAAAGCCAGCCAGGUCAUCGCAGAGAUCCGGGAGACUCACCUAUGGUGAGGGUCUCUGGUGCGCUUGACCUCCACAGAACCGACUUGAAAAAGCACUGCUGUGGAUUCAUGUAUGUGUCUCACUGUUUCUUUCACCAUGUGGACUCUGCAAGCCAGUAUGUUAUGCAGUAUCAUUCUUUGCCAGCUUGACACACUUUUACUGGUGUCUUUUGCAAAUAAACAAGAGAAGCACAGGAUUCAAAGCAGUUUGGCUCUGCACUAAGAUGGCAGUGUCAGUCUCCGUCCUUCAUGUGUCCAGCUCUCUCUGUCCAUCAUAGACUCUUUUGUCCUGUGCAAUGUCUGAAAUUGGCAGAACGUCUGUACAUAGCUGUAAGACUUUGAGCAUGAAUGGAGUUUCCUCGAAUCUGGAUCCAGUGACUGGAAGUGCAGGCGGGUCCAGGUGGAUCACGUUACUGGUGACAUGGACUGGAGCGAUUGGGUGGUUGUGCACAGGGCUGUUCACUGUGAGUGCUUGAAUGUUACGUCCAGGCUGGGUAAAGCAUGACAUGCAUUGUUAAGGUGUAAUAAAAUGACAGUAUUUUACGAAGCUGUUCCCUGAGCGCCUGUGGUAUUUUCUUGCUAUGUCAUAAUCAUCCAACUGGAAUAAACAAAAAUUUCAGGAA